ACAUACGAAUCAUUCAUAAUACUUCAUCUCUUUAUGGUAUCAAGAGCCUAUCUCUCACGAGUCUAAUUUUUUUUUUCCUUCUCUGUUGCCAUGACUAUCACGCCCACAACCACCGUUGUUCCGCUUACUGCCUCCACCCAUUUUCCCAUCAAGCUUACGGCUUCCAACUUUCCGGUGUGGAAGUGUCAAGUACAUUCUGCCCUUGUUGGGCUUGGCCUUGAAGGAUACGUUGAUGGGACUCUAUCCGUGCCUGAUCUCUUCACAGAUGAAGCCAAAACUAUAACCAAUCCGUGUUACGUCAUUUGGUACCGUCAAGAUCGUACCAUUCUGAGCGCUCUACUUGGCAGUUGCUCGGAUUCCGUUCAGCCGCUUAUUUCCUCUGCUUCUACAGCACGUAGUGCCUGGGACAAGCUUACGUUUACGUAUGCUAGUACCUCCCGCGGCAGGAUAAUCUCUCUCAAAACGAUGUUGGCACGCACCACCAAAGGCAACCGACCUGUGACGGAAUAUCUAUCUGAAAUGUAUGGGAUCUUUGAAGCUCUGGCGCUGGCUCAAAACCCAAUCCCUGAAGAAGAUCUCGUGAUCAGCAUCUUAAAUGGACUGGGCCCGGAAUACAGUGAAAUUCGAUCCGCCAUACGUGUACGUGCUGCCGCCUUGCCAGUAACGGAACUCCAGGAUAUCCUUUUGGAACAUGAAACCAACCUCCACAACACCCAGCAUGCAUCAGACCCUCUGGUUCCUACUGCAAAUCCAAUUCAAAUGUCAGCCCCGGGUGCCACAAUCAACUACACUACUGGAGAUCGCCGUCCCAUGCAUGAUCGCAGGCAUCACCCACCUCGUCGUGGACGAGGAGGACACUACUCAGGCGCAUCUCGCUCUCCAUCACAAACUCCAAUAUGUCGGUACUGUAGCAACCCCGGCCAUGUUGUCAAAGAAUGCCGUAAAUUGCAACGGUUUCUCAAAGAAAAUCAAGUGACCUGUCCGUCCAGUCAAGCUCAACCAAUGGUCCACACAACCUCUGCCCAUACUCCACCUGGCGGUCAGCACUGGCUGUUUGACAGUGGUGCCUCCCACCACGUCACUAAUGACGUCGCCUCUCUUCCCACCUAUACCGAUUACGGCGGUCCAGAUGAAGUUCGCCUUGGGGAUGGAUCGGGCCACGGGGGCGUCCCUCAUGCGCGGGGAGAACUUCCAUGAUGUUUACUAUGCACCACGUCCAGUCUCGCCUCAAAUAAAUGCUGUCCAACACUCUCGUUUGUCUCAAUGGCAUCAUGUGCUCGGUCACCCUUCCAGUCAAAUAUUUAAGUGUCUUUUACGUCAAAAUAAUCAACUUCAGUCUUAUAAUUUUGUUGGUAGUUAUCACUGUGAGUCAUGUUCUGUCAAUAAGAGCACAAAGUUGCCUUUCUUUAAUAAUACUAUGUAUGCUCAGUACCCCCUUGAACUUAUUUAUACUGAUGUUUGGAGUACUUCUGAUGUGUCAUUUGAUGGGUGUCGUUACUAUGUUAUCUUUGUUGAUUAUUAUACCCGUUACAUUUGGUUCUACCCAUUAAAAAAUAAGUCUGAUGUAUCUAUUAUUUUUCCUCAAUUUCAUCGCCUUGUU